GUAAGUGUUACGCUGGCUGGACCAGCGGCUCGUGUCGCUGGGGGCAAGCAGCCGCGGGAACCUGGCGUCUGUCUACUCUUUCAGUUUCUGCCGCGGGGCGCUAGUCCCGGCUGAGGAGGGAGCCUUGACUACCUCUGCCUGGCUUUGUUCAUGUUCUGAGGAGGGAGUGAGAAGGAGCCAUGGAUCCUGCAGCAUUGGUGGAAGCCAUCGUGGAAGAAGUGGCCUGUCCCAUCUGCAUGACCUUUCUGAGGGAGCCUGUGAGCAUCGACUGUGGUCACAGCUUCUGCCAUGGCUGUCUCUCUGGACUCUGGGAGGUUCCAGGAGAAUCCCAGAACUGGGGUUACACCUGUCCCCUCUGCCGGGCUCCUGUCCAGCCAAGGAACCUGCGGCCUAAUUGGCAGCUGGCCAAUGUUGUAGAAAAAGUUCGUCUGCUAGGGCUGCAUCCAGGAAUGGGGCUGAAGGGUGAUGUGUGUGAGCUUCACAGGGAACAGCUAAAGAUGUUCUGCAAAGUGGAUGGCCUGAUCAUGUGUGAGGCCUGCAGCCAGUCCCCUGAGCAUGAGGACCACAGUGUUGUGCCUAUGGAGGAUGCCACCUGGGAGUAUAAGUGGAAACUCCACGAGGCUUUGGAGCAUCUGAAAAAAGAGCAAGAUGAGGCCUGGAAGCUGGAAGUUGGUGAGAGGAAGCGAACUGCCAGCUGGAAGAUCCAGGUAGAAACCCGAAAGCAGAGUAUCAUGUGGGAGUUUGAGAAAUAUCGGCGAUUAUUAAAGAAAAAACAGCCAUCAGGUCGGCAACUGGAGGUAGAAGCAGCCGCAGCCCUCACCAGCCUAGAGCAAGAAGAGGGGGAGACCGUGCAAAAACUGGAGCAGAAUCGUAAUGAGCUCAUCCAGCAGAGUCGGGUGCUGUGGGGGAUGAUUGCAGAGCUGGAAGAGAGGUCUCAGAGGCCUGUCCGCUGGAUGCUGCAGGGCAUUCAGGAAGUCUUAAACAGGAGCAAGUCUUGGAGCCUACAGCGACCAGAACCAGUCUCCCUCGAGCUAAAGACAGAUUGCCGUGUGCCGGGGCUAAGAGAGAUUUUGAAGACAUACGCAGCUGAUGUGCGCCUGGAUCCAGACACUGCUUACUCCCGUCUCAUUGUGUCUGAGGACAGAAAAUGCGUGCACUAUGGAGAUACCAAGCAGAAUCUGCCCGACAAUCCUGAGAGAUUCUACCGCUACAAUAUCGUCCUGGGCAGCCAGUGCAUCUCUUCAGGCCGGCACUACUGGGAGGUGGAAGUGGGAGACAGGUCAGAAUGGGGCCUGGGAGUGUGCAAGGAAAAUGUAGACCGGAAGGAGGUGGUCUAUUUAUCCCCCCACUAUGGAUUCUGGGUGAUAAGGCUGCGGAAGGGAAAUGAGUACCGAGCAGGCACUGAUGAAUACCCCCUCCUGUCCUUGCUGGUCCCUCCCCGCCGGGUGGGGAUCUUCCUGGAUUAUGAGGCCCAUGAUAUCUCUUUCUAUAAUGUGACUGACAAUGGCUCCCACAUUUUCACUUUCCCCCACUAUCCCUUCCCUGGGCGUCUCCUGCCCUACUUUAGUCCUUGCUAUAGCAUUGGAGCUAACAACACGGCUCCUCUGACCAUCUGCUCCCUGGAUGAGGAGGACUAACUGAACCACCAUCCUAGCCAGAGGCCUUGGAGUUUUGCCUGGCCCACAGGGCUCUUGGUGAACCUGGCCUCUGACACAGAGGCCCUUGAACUAAGCUGAGCCUAGGAUCCAGGGAGUCCUUUGCCUGGCUCAGUGGUCUGUUGCUACUUGGCCAAAGUCACUCAUCUGAAAAAGUUGAGGCUCAGUCAAAUGAGCAUGACACCCCCGUGAGGGAAGUAUGACAGGGCUGAGGGUGAGGAUCAGAGCAGUUGUGAGAUAACCUGUUGGUGUUAAGACUCAGGACUUUGUCCUGUCCGUAGCUCAUGCUCUUCUUCCCUGGUCCUCAUUGGUGCCAUAAUUGGUGUCAGUGAGGGUUAUGAAGUAGAUCCAGCCUUCAGGAAACCUUUUGUGUGGGGUUUACCAAAAAGCCAAAAGAUAAUUGUCCGUAUCCAGAGCCAUAUCCAGAGCUGGUUGCUGUGCUAAUACCAGUAGAGGAUGCUUUGCCUGGUGUUUGCUGCUACUGAGCAAACCAUAUUUGACCCCAACUCUCUGACCUCCUAACUAGAGAAAUGCAUUGCGACACUGCCCAGGCCACGCCUCUCUGAGCAUAAGCUGGGAAAAUCACUGUAUCUCAGACUCUAAGGAGAGGUAGGUCCUGGUCCUGCCCUUUUCUCUGACUCUCAGGAUCAGAAAACCUGUGAGCCUUGUUUUUACUUUCACUUUAUGGAUGGAGAAACUGAAAUGGCCUUAAUGCAGCAAGUAACUUCUCACAAAACUGUUGAAAGAAGAUUGUAAAGAUUAUAAAGUAUCUCUCACAUUUGAAUGAAACGAGAUUGACAAACUCACUUCCGAGGUCACAUGCCUGCAUAUCAUUCAUUACAUCUGGAUCUGAAACAUCCCACAUGUCUGAAAGAUUGUAAGUGUCCUCAAUGGGAAAAUGGGUAUAGUAAUUGCAUACUCUCCUACUUCACAGGAUUGUUGUGACGAUCUCCGAUCCAUCCUAUACUUUUGUUCCUUUCUCAGGGACAGAGGAAGGCAAGCCACAGAUUCCUCCUGUAGUAGCCUUCCUGCCUCACCUUCUUAACAGCCAGCAUCUUUACAGCAGUGUGUUUGUUCCUUAGAGCGUCUCCUGACAAUCUCAGCCCGUUAGACAGAAAGGUGCCCAUGCCAGUGCCAGACUCUGGGCCACAGUAAUAUGUUGUGCAUCUAUUAUGUGUUUGUAUUUGGAUUAUAAUGGGGACUGUGACAUCAGGGUACAGAAUGGAAAUAAUGAAAAGAAAAAUGCAAAACGUACACUAGAAAGAAGGCUCAGCCACAAGCUAGUUGGGCUAAAGUUUGGAUCUUUUUCUGUCACCAGUGGAAUCUUCAUGGCUCUGGUAACUACAUAAUAUUAUGCCUUUCUCUUCUCUAAAUCUAUGACAGAAGGAGAAAAGUAGGAGGUAAGUGUGGGAGAAAAAAUAGGAUGAGGCACAAAAAGCCAGCUCUGGAGCCAUAAGUUAUAAUGAAAGGGAAUUGAAACUGUAUGUCUGAGCUGUUGACCUUAGCGUGAUGUGUGUGGCAAAAAUAGCUCAUUAUGGGGCUUAGGAAUAUGAUGUGGGAAUGCUUGUGCCUGGAAACCAACUGCAAGGCAAAUGUGUAGAAACUAUUGACCCUGCCUAUAGCAAGGGACCAUGAUGUGUACAUCACAUGUUGUUGCCAUGAUGCUGUAGAAGUCAAUGUCUGAUAUAGUUUAAGUUUGAAGGAAUUGACUGUUGAGUCAGGAUUGGGCAGCAAAGUAGACAGCAGGUCAGGUAUAGGCAGAAGUAAAGUAAUUCCUGUAAUAAAGAGUAGCAGAAAUUGUCUUUGUACUUUCAUUUUAUUGGGUGCUCAUGUGUGGAGGAGGUAAAACAGGCUAAAAUGGAGAAAUAAACUCAUAUUCUGCCCACCAUGCUUCCAAGUCACUCCUCAAGCAUUAGCAGAAGGGGAGAAGUUUCCAUUCUCUGCUUGGGGAGGAAUGAACUAGUAAGUCACAGACCUGGUCUUGGCAAAGGGUUGAGCAGACCUCGUUAAAAAGACCAUGUCUUUGUAUAGGAGGAAUCCCUGGGGAAUUGUUUAUAGACUUGAGAAAUAGAUUUUUAGAAAGUGCUUCCAGUAACAUCCAUGGAUACUUAGCAUAAAAGGAUAGGAACCAAACCAGUGCUGUUCUUUUACUAUGGUUUUAUUAGGACAAACCCUGGAAGUCUCUUAGAAAAAGGAUUAUUAGGAGGUAAAUUCAUUCAAACCUAGAGUGAAUUAAGUAAUGGAAUGGCUUCAUUGGUAACACACUGUUUUAGGUAGGGUUUUGUUUUUGGUUUUGGUUUUGGUUUUUUUUUUUUUUUGGUUGCUCGUCAGAAGUACAAGGUUAGAUACAUUGUUUAUUUCAUACUGUCUGAUUUUUAAGACCAGGCAAGAAUAUUGAAGUUCUUAAGUGUUUGAAACCCUUUCAUCUAGGGCUGUUGCUUACUUCCUUCUAAGAACCCUGUGAAGACCAGAACCUUGUUUGUCUAGUUCACCAUUACAGCCCAGUCUUGGCACCAUGUGUGGGUGUGUGGGUGUGUAAAUACUUAAGUGAGGGUACUUUCAUUCAUAUGCCUAGAAUCAAAACACAAAAAUAAAAAUAAGCUCUUCUUAUUUCAUAGGGGUAUGAACAACUAGAUGGUACUUAACUAUAAUUCUGUUAAAAAAAAUAAUUCAAAAAUAGUUACAAAAGGGGUCCAGAGGGAAGAAGCAGGUGGCCACACUGAGUGUAGAGUGCCUGUACCACUCUCCUCCAGCUUUGUGAGAUCAUUCACUACAAGACAGGGAUGAGCUUUGCCCACCCUUAUUUUACUAGCAGAGAAACCAAGGAGUGCAAUGCCUGAGGCUUGAGGCAAAAGGCUAUUAAUGGGGAAAAUACGUAGGUCCUGCAUAGAGACAGGGAAAAUCCUUGGACUCCCUACAGGAAAUUCAGUCUCCCGUUUUUCAAACAGGAAUUUUUUUUUUUUAAAUUUACAUCCAAGUUAGUUAGCAUAUAGUGCAACAAUGAUUUCAGGAGUAGAUUUCUUAAUGCCCCUUACCCAUUUAGCCCUUCUCCCCUCCCACAA